UUCUGGAUUAUCAUUUUAACAGUAUCACUUAUAUGCCUAGCCCAGGAGCUCUAUCAUUCAAUUUCUGAAUAUCGGACGUAUUCAACUUACACUGAACUCGACCACGAAACAACGACUAUUUUGGCUUUUCCACAGGUUACUAUAUGCAACAACAAUAUGUUUAAGUUUGAUCGAGUUGUUUCCACGUUCAACGGCACAGCUAAUUUCUUCACGAAAGGUUUAAAGUACAUCCGCGAGCUGUUCCCUGAUAAAGGAUUAACAAAUCUCAAUCCUAACAAUAUCACACAUCACCUGAAAGAUGGGCUCUACCCUGGUGGAACUGAUAUGAGAGGGUUUGUGUCAUCGAAUGGGCACAGCAUAGAGGACAUGAUUAUAUCGUGUAUGUUCAAUGGGAUUGAGUGCGGUCCAGAGCAUUUUCAGGAAACCCUUACAAAUUAUGGUCUUUGCUACAAAUUCAAGGGAAUGCGUCCACUGAAUGUUACUAGUCCAGGUCCGUUAAAUGGAUUGAGCCUAAUUUUAGACGCCGAGCAUCUGCAAUACGUUGCAGCACCAAGAGAGAAAGUCGGGUUCAGGGUAUCGAUUACCGAUCAUGAGCAUGUCAUUGACGUCACAUCUGAGGGUCUCGAUGUCGCAGUGGGAAUGAGCACAUCAAUAGGAAUAAAGAGACGCCAUAUCAUUUCAAUGCCAGCACCGUACAGCGACUGCGUACCGAUAAUGUAUGACGCCACAACCCCUGCUGACAAACACUACACCAGGUCAGAAUGCCUGCAGACUUGUGAAACCAACUAUAUUAUGGAAUUAUGCAACUGUUGUGUUUUCUUUGCAACCAAUGGCUCAAUACCAUUCUGCUCAGCAAUCCAAUACAAGGAAUGUUACAGCGGACAUAAAGACACUUUUUCUAGAGAAAAGCACAAAAUUUGUAAUUGUCCAGAGCCAUGCGAAGCAGUACACUUUCAUAAAACGCUGUCUUUUAGCAAUUUUCCAUCUUUAAGCGUCGCAAACACUCUAUACGUUACAAACAGACUGGACUACUUUGGAAAAUCACUCGGUUGGAAAAUACGGCAGAUCACAUUUACUAAUUCGAAACGAAAACAGGAAUUCAUCGUCGCCGUAACACCUUCAUUUUUGAACGCUACCUUCCGAGGCUUCCAACUAAAUGAAAAUAAAUUACUUAAAUAUUUGCGGAAAAUUACUCUUGAUGUGUUUACUUUCGUUGAAAAGAAAAUUACGGACAACAUGUUCAAAGUACUUUAUAGCAAGAACAGCUCGAUGAGUAUCAACUCCGAAUUCUAUAAUGACGCAGAAUUCUAUCAUGACGUAAAGAAACGCGCACGUACACACGUAAUGUGCGAUAGUAAAGCCGUACAAGAUGAAGUCAUGGAUAUGGUCUCCAAUACUGACUUUACCAAUGAGUCUGGCACUGAUAAAUACUUUAACACAUUUUACGAUAACCUUUUCGACAGUAUUUACGGUAACGUGAGCGUUCUGAGUAAAGAAGCCGCCCUUAGCAUUGAAAACAUUGUUGGUAUCACGGAAUUAACAACAGAAUAUAUGAGAGACACGUUCGCACGACUCGAUGUAUUUUAUGAUGAUAUGAGAACUGAACUUCAGUCCGAUAGAUGCAAAUAUACUAUUUCAUCGUUACUAGGAAACCUUGGUGGAACACUCGGAUUAUUCUUUGGAGCGAGUGUGCUUGCGUUUAUAGAGGCGAUGGAGUUUUGGUUUCUGAACGAUUCUUGUCGUGGAAAGCAGAGACGUAACGUCCACUCGGUUUAAACUCAAUACAUCUCUCACAGACGUGAACUUCGUACACGUAGUAGCACUGAACUGGACCCUGCUGCUCAUGAAAAUGAACACUCGCCAAAAAUAAACUGUCUAAUAAACUGACACAUUAAUGUUAAAGAGACAUUACUGUACAAAGUAAGAAUGACAAAACAAAAUAUAAUAAGGGAAUUAAAUGGAUGGUUAAAACUUUACCUGUUACGUUGGUGCCAUCUGCUCUCAGGCGUUCGACCUCCAUGGAUCGCCAUCCCUCUCUAUCUUCCGCCCUUCUCACACUUUCUCCAUACUUCAUCCGUGACCACUCAUUGAUGUUGCUAAACCAGUUUGUUCUUGGCCUUCCCCUCCCUUUUUUAGGUUCUAAUUUUCCUAUCAAAAGCUCUCUCUGAGUCUAUUUUGCUUAUGAUGUGACCGAAGUAUUUAUCCACAUUUACAAUGUGAAGACUCAACCGAUGAGACUAACUGCAGAAUUAGCUAUAAGGACCACAGUGGAAAUAAGGUAACCGGUUCGGUACUGUAUUUUUAUUUUUUUCUUGAAUAUUAUAUUUGUAUUCAGAAUAUGGAAAUAGAAAAUAUAAAAAAUAGGAUAUGCAUUGACAAGAUCCGACCAGCCUUUCAACAACUCAUAGCCAUCGGUAAAAUAGUUCAAGAAAAGCAACAACACAUGAUGUGAGAGAAUCCAGAAGAGGGCAAGUCUGGGCCAAAGAGUUUAAGAACUCGACGCUGGACAAUAUGAAAGACUCAAAAGAGUUCUACAGGUUGCCUACAGGUGCACGAUCGUUGGCAUCAGUAUUUUAUGACUGGUCGCAGGAGGAUGGAAGAAGGUGUGAGGUACUCGGUGUAAUUAGGAUGAAAAUCGAAGCUCCAAAGUACAGUAUUUAAAAAACAAAGCUUACGCCAAAAAUAGGUGGAGCUGUUGAUUUUACUCGCUGAGUUUAUUAUGGAUGUACCGUACUCGCGCGAAUAAGCGCCCCGUUUAAAUAAGCGCUCCUCUUGAAUAUAAGAGCCCCUCCUAACGUGAAAAUUGUCUUAAGCGCCCCGUUUGAAUAAGCGCCUCUCCAUUCCUAAAAAAACCAUUCAAACAUACAGUACAGUACAUCACAAACUUAAUUUUCUGCAUCAACUAUUCGCGAGUAUCUUAGCAUUGUAGGUCGGUAGGUCCAUCCAUCUGUCGGUCUAUCAGUCUCCAUUAAGUUUAACAUGGUUUUCAGUUUUGAUGCAUCUUUAGAAUCCCGUUCUUGUUUUAUUGCUACCCUUUUUGGUUUUAGAACUACAGUAUUUAAUAUCUAAAAACUGAAAUAUAGUAUGGCAUUUUCAGUCAAUAAAAAUAACACGCUUUCCAACACUACCAACACCACCACUGAUUUAAUCGGCUGUUGUGUAAAUACCCCAACAUUCUUGUCAUGAGCCAUGCUCUCUCGACUAGUAUCUUUUCUUCACAAAAACAUUCAUUUAUCUUCGAUAAAAAAAGUGCCCCUUGAAUUUUACAAUUUCCCAUAAGCACCCC